AGUGCCACAACAGUGAAAAAGUAUAGUCGAUAGAGGAGCGCGCGCACAAACUCACUCACACAUAUGUGUUCAUGGACACACCGAAAGUGGACCUCUUUACAACUUCAUUUAAGAGUAAACAGCAGACAAUGAAGUGGGACUUACGGACUUAAAGCUUAGAGGAACUGAAAUGGGCGGUCUGCUUCUGCUGCUGCUCAGGAGCUGCCUGCUGUCGGCAGUUCAAGGCUCACCGCUCCUCCUCUUUGCCAACCGACGUGAUGUACGAUUAGUAGAUGCAGAAGGUGUGCGGGGUGAGUCUGCCAUUGUUGUUAGCGACCUGGAGGAUGCAGCAGCAGUGGACUUCCUGUAUGCUGAGGGCCUUAUAUUUUGGACUGAUGUUAGUGAGGAGGCGAUCAAACAGACUCACUGGAAUAAGUCAUCAAACUCCCUUAAAGAGGCACUGGGAACUGUUCAGACAGUGGUAGUGUCUGGACUGGACAGUCCCGAUGGGCUGGCCUGUGACUGGCUGGGGCGAAAGCUUUACUGGACAGACUCGGAGACCAAUCGGAUUGAAGUGGCCAACCUCGAUGGCACAUCCAGAAAGGUUCUGUUUUGGAUGGACUUAGACCAGCCCAGGGCUGUCGCUCUCAACCCUGCUCACUGCUACAUGUACUGGACUGACUGGGGAGAGGAGCCCAGGAUAGAGCGGGCUGGCAUGGAUGGCAGCCAUAGGAAAGUGAUUGUAAACGUGGACAUAUACUGGCCCAAUGGUCUGACUAUAGACAUGGUCGAGGAGAAGCUGUAUUGGGCAGAUGCUAAACUCAGCUUCAUUCAUAGAGCUAACCUUGAUGGAUCAGCACGUGAAACAGUGGUUGAGGGAACCCUCACCCAUCCUUUUGCACUGACACUGUCUGAGGAGACAUUAUACUGGACCGACUGGCAAACCCGCUCAAUCCAUGCCUGUAACAAACACAGGGGAGACAAAGCCAGAGAGAUCCUCAGUGGGAUUUACUCCCCUAUGGACAUACAGGUUCUGGAGCCAUAUCGUCAGCCUCAGAUUAAGACUUCCUGUAGUGUCAAAAAUGGAGGCUGUAGUCAUCUCUGCCUACUUUCUCCAGUAUUGCCUUUCUACAGCUGUGCCUGCCCCACUGGUGUUCAGCUUAAACCAGACGGAAAGACAUGCAAGCCAGGAGCAGAGCACGUCUUAUUGCUGGCUCGACGCACUGACCUGCGAAGAAUCUCACUGGAUCUGCCAGACUUUACUGACAUAGUGCUACAGGUUAAUGACAUUCGACAUGCCAUCGCUAUUGAUUACGACCCUGUUGAGGGUUACGUCUAUUGGACAGACGAUGAGGUUCGGGCCAUCCGACGAUCCCACAUUGAUGGCAGUAAUGCCAUGAUGCUGGUUACCACAGAGAUCAACCAUCCAGAUGGCAUUGCUGUGGACUGGGUGGCCAGAAACCUGUACUGGACCGACACUGGCACUGACCGCAUUGAGGUUACCAGGCUGAAUGGAACCUCUCGCAAAAUUUUAAUUUCAGAGAACCUGGAUGAACCCAGAGCCAUCGUCCUGGACCCCGUAAAUGGCUAUAUGUACUGGACUGAUUGGGGUGAGCAUCCCAAAAUUGAGCGAGCCAACCUGGAUGGAAGAGACCGGCUUGUUCUGCUCAACAGCUCUCUGGGCUGGCCCAACGGACUGGCAAUCGAUUACGCAGCUGGAAAACUAUACUGGGGGGAUGCUAAAACUGAUAAAAUUGAGGUGAUCAACGUGGAUGGCAGUAACAGGCAGACUCUGCUAGAGGACAAACUACCUCAUAUCUUUGGUUUCACUCUGUUGGGUGAUUACAUCUACUGGACGGACUGGCAGAGGCGCAGCAUUGAGAGAGUCCACAAAGGCACAGCGGUACGAGAGAUCAUCAUUGAUCAGCUGCCAGAUUUAAUGGGACUGAAGGCCACUAAAGUGACAGAGACAUACGGAACAAAUGGCUGUGCAGUGGAUAAUGGUGGAUGCAGCCAUCUGUGUUUCUGGCAGCGACAGACUGUUAGCUGUGCCUGCCCCAUGGGCAUGGAGCUUCUCUCAGACCUGCAGUCCUGUGUGGUGCCUGAGGCUUUCUUGCUCUUCACUAACAGGGACAACAUCAGGAGUAUCUCUUUGGGCACCAACAGCAACGACGUGGCCAUUCCUCUGACUGGAGUUAAAGAAGCCUCAGCUCUCGACUUUGACGUCUCUGACAGGAGAAUAUAUUGGACUGACAUACAGUCCAAGACAAUUAGUAGAGCAUAUAUGAAUGGCAGCUCAGUAGAACAUGUCAUAGAGUUUGGACUGGACUACCCAGAAGGCAUGGCAGUUGACUGGAUGGGUCGUAACAUCUAUUGGGCCGACACAGGCACUAACCGUAUCGAGGUGGCCAGGCUGGAUGGCCAGUACCGGCAGGUUCUGGUUUGCAAGGAUCUUGACAACCCGCGAUCGUUGGACAACCCUCACUCACUGGCACUGCACCCAGCUAAAGGAUACAUGUACUGGACAGAGUGGGGUGGUCGACCUCGUAUAGCCAGAGCAUACAUGGACGGCAGCAUCAUCAUGACCUUGGUUGAUAAAGUGGGCCGGGCAAACGGACUGACCAUUGACUAUGUAGACCAUCGACUCUAUUGGACUGACUUGGACACAUGUAUGAUCGAAAGCACCAACUUGCAAGGCCUUCAGAGAGAGAUCAUAGUAGACGACCUUCCUCACCCCUUCGGUCUGACCCAAUACCGAGAUUUUAUCUACUGGACAGACUUCAAUCUGCGGAGUAUUGAGAGAGCGGAUAAACGCAGUGGGCUCAACCGCACUGUGGUGUUGCAGGGUCAGCUAGAGCUAAUGCUGGACAUCCUGGUUUUCCACUCAUCCCGCCAGGAUGGUAGCAAUGAGUGCUCCCAAAACAAUGGCAACUGUGCCCACCUUUGCCUGGCAACGCCUGCUGGUGCUCAGUGCCGCUGUGCCUCCCACUACACCUUGAACCCUGAUGGACGAAACUGUAGCUCGCCCUCCAGUUUCCUGCUUUUCAGUCAAAAGGCCAGCAUCAGCAGGAUGGUUUUAGGUGAGCAGAGUCCUGACAUCAUCCUGCCCAUCCACGUCUUAAGGAACGUCCGAGCCGUCAGCUAUGACCCACUGGACCGCCUUGUCUACUGGCUGGACGGACGGCAGAACAUAAGAAGGGCCAGAGACGAUGGCGCCAUGUCCAUGAUAGUGAGCAGCACUUUUCAGCCAAUGGACAACCAGCUUCAUGACCUAAGUCUAGACCCGUACAGCCGCCACAUUUACUGGACCUGUGAGACAACCAACACAAUCAAUGUUCAGAGGAUGGAUGGACACACUGUAGGUGUGGUCCUGAAGGAUGAAACGGACAAGCCCCGGGCCAUCAUGGUCAGCGCUGAGAAAGGGUACAUGUAUUUCACCACAGUGCAAGAGCGCUCAGCUAAAAUUGAAGGCGCCAGUCUGGACGGGACAGAGAGAGAAUCUCUGUUUACCACUGGUCUGAUUAGACCAGUAGCUCUGGCUCUGGACAAUAAACUGGGGAAACUGUUCUGGGUCGAUGCUGACCUUAAACGCAUUGAGAGCAGUGAUCUUACAGGAGCCAAUCGCAUCGUCCUCCAGGAUUCCAACAUUCUCCAGCCAAUCGGGCUGACAGUCCUUGGAGGCCAUCUGUACUGGAUCGACCGGCAGCAGCAAAUGAUAGAGAGGGUGGACAAACUGACAGGAGAUGGACGCACACGCAUUCAGGGAAGGAUAUCAUACCUGACCUCCAUCCAUGCUGUGGAAGAGAUGGACCCACAGGAAUAUGCAUCCCACCCUUGUUCCCGUGACAAUGGAGGUUGUUCUCAUAUCUGCAUUGCUAAGGGUGAUGGUACACCCCGCUGCUCCUGUCCAAUGCACCUGGUGUUACUGCAGGAUCUGCUACGCUGUGGAGAGCCUCCCACUUGCUCCACAGAGCAGUUCACCUGCUCCACAGGGGAGAUUGACUGUAUUCCAAUGGCUUGGCGGUGUGAUGGUGUCACUGAAUGUGAAGACGGUAGUGAUGAGGAGAACUGUCCCGUGUGCUCAGCCUUCCAGUUCCUGUGUGAUAAAGGAGGCUGUAUUGAUGCUCAGAGGCGCUGCAACGGUGAACCCGACUGUGCUGAUGACACUGAUGAGCAAGACUGUGAAACUAUUUGCCCUCCCAAUCAGUUCCGCUGCAGUGACAACCAGUGCAUCACCAAGAAACAGCAGUGUGACAACUACUCUGACUGUCCCGACGGAUCAGAUGAGUUUGCUUGUGAGAAUGUGUCCCCUCCCUCAAGUGGCAUCCCCAACACAGGGCCCAACACCAUUGGUCCAGUCAUUGCCAUCAUCCUGUUGAUCUUUGUUAUUGGGGCAGCUUAUUUUGUUUGCCAGCGUGUGGUGUGUCAUCGCUACAAGGGCCCUAGUGGGGCUUUUCCUCAUGAGUACAUUGGUGGUACGCCCCAUGUACCCCUCAACUUCAUCUCCCCAAGCAGCUCCCAGCAUGGCACCUUCCAAGGGAUUUCUUGUGGAAAGUCCAUGAAGAGCUCGGUCAGCCUGAUGGGCAGCAACAGCAGUGGAGCACCCCUCUAUGACAGGAACCAUGUGACUGGAGCCUCAUCUAGCAGCUCAUCAUCUACCAAGGGAGCCUUCUACCCUCAGAUCCUAAACCCACCUCCGUCCCCGGCUACUGACCGCUCUCUCUACAACACAGAGAUCUUCUACUCUUCCAACAGUCCGUCCACCACCAGAUCGUACAGACCUUACCAUCCAGUCCGUGGCACUGCCCCGCCUACUACGCCCUGCAGCACUGAUGUCUGUGACAGUGACUACGCACCCCAGCACCUUCCGGCUGGGCUGGCAUCAUCAACAGGCCGGUGGAAGGCCAUGGGCCACGGCAGCCACGGCAAACACACCAAAUACUACAUGGACCUUAACUCAGACUCUGACCCCUACCCUCCACCCCCCACUCCCCUUUCCCAGUACCUGUCAGCUGAGGACAGUUGCCCGCCAUCCCCUUCCACAGAGCACUCCUACUUUCACCUCUGCCCCCCUCCUCCCUCCCCCUGCACCGACUCCUUGUGACCCUCCAACAGCCCAAGAGCCCUGUAAGGAAGGAAAGGACACAGUAUGCUUGCCUCAUUCAGAAGUGGCCUUGUCUGGCCCACAGGGAAAGAACUAAUGUCCACACAUGCUGCUUUAUAUAAACUGCGUAGGCUUUAUUGCCUUGUUCAACGUUCCUAUGUCCCCAUUUGUUCAUAUCAUCAUUCCAGUCUUCCUGGAGCUCUCAGGGUGACCAUCAUUUGAUCAGUUUGUCCCCUAUGUGCUCUGCUAUAACAUUCACUCAGUGGUGGCUGAUGGUUCAAGGUCUUCUUUCCUUUCUAAAGAACACAAAAAGAAGAUGAUGAUUAUAAACGGCGAGCAGCUCCCACUUUAAUUUUCAAUCCUCCAUAAUAAGAAACAUUUUCUUUGCUGGGUAACAAAAUGUCAAGCCUUCCCUCUGUCCAAAUUUGAGCCCUUGCCUCACCUAAAAUCACUGACUUAAGGCCGGCGCAUGCUUCUGCAACUGCGUCUGCUGCUUUUCACGCAGCUGUGUCGAAGGACUCGUUGUCAUUCAUGCUUCUCAAACCGUUGCGCGUGUUACAAAGCAAUUCCCCGCCAGAACACUAGGCGGAGUAACGUGUUUUGUCGAAGACGACCUUAGAGACGCCUUCUUUCUUCUUCGUCGACCGUUUAUUCACAUCGUCACUGCGGCUCCUCAUAGCCUUUUUCUGGCGGACAAAUCCGGCAGACAGUGACGGGUUAUACAAGUGGUCAUACUUUCGGAUCUCUUCUGCCAAACGCUCUUCUGGUCCAUAUUCGUUCUUCUAAAUCUUCCGUUGUUUCUGCCGGUAUUAUGUGGCAUGAAACCGGAAAUGAACUGCUAUUGAACAUAUGUGUUAUGAGUGAAGGAUGGAUGCAUUUCAUCGUGAAUCUGAACCUCUUCCAUCAACUUUUCUUUACUCUCAUCAUUCUGUUUACCAAAAGUUUGUUUGCUGCUAUUGUGUACAUUCUAUACGAGUUACCAUAACAUAUAAUUUCACAGAAAGCCCACGCCCAUACUGGCAGUAUCUCUUCAAGUUAUUUUACAGUUAAUAACAAAUUACUUUUAAAGCAACAUUUAUUUGUAUUUUCUUUUGUGUGUCGUUCAUUAUGUAUUUUUCUAUGUCACUCUCCAUGCUUAUAUUUUUUGGGAAAUAGUAAAGUGAAAUGUUGAAAAUCCCUUGUACGUUUGAAGGUCGUCUGCACAAUUUAGGUUACCAACUACCAGUAGUUAAAAGGUGUUAGUAGCCACAAGCCGGGGUUAGGGACAUAACUGUGCAUCUUAGCGCCAUGAAGUCUUUUGGGCUUGUUAUCAAUGAUAAAGGCAAAAUUUGAGGGUAUACUGAGGCUAAAGGUAAAUCUGACUGGCUACUGGCUUGUAUGGCAGUAUUAUGAAGCCAUGUGGCCUGCUCAAUAGAUAAUUACCCCUAUGCCUUUUUAAACUAAACACUAGACCUUUUUGGAACAUAGAACAAGAUGGAAAAUACGUAAUGUAUGUUCUGCCACACUAAUUAAUGCCUACCACCAGUUGAUGUAAUUCAGUUAUGUACCUAAGUGUCAUCAGGUGUUUCGGGUCUAGUCCCUGCCCCUGUCUUGCUUGAGUGAUAGCCUUUGCAUAUCUUGCUGCCUCUACCUGACGCCUGAUUUUCAGGACUACCAUCUUCCCCGCUCAAGGUCAACAAGAGUGACCUUGUUCUACAGGGGUCUCCUCUGAGCUAGGCCUAAACAACCUCUUCCCUGGUGAAAGUGGCCCACAAUGUCAGAGUGCUGCUUUUGCUUGUUGAGUUGCAUCUUUUGGUGUCAAUUUCUGUCCUGUUGUCAAGGAUGGUCCAACAGCCUGUAUUGAUUUGUCUAAGGACUCUGAUAGAGUCAACUCCAGCCUUGUUUUGGUGCAUUUAAACUCUUCUAUAAAACUUGAGAUAAGCAGCUCGACAAAGCCCUGUCGGUACAGGCCAAUGUUGCUCAUUUCUCACAUAGGAAUUUAUCAUCCUCUCCAUGUUCUCAACUUCUGUGAUAGGAUCACAACUACUGUAUGUGGCCACAUCAGUCUGGGGGAAUGGCCAAACUCUAAGCACCAGAGCUUUAACUUGCCAGGAAGCAUGGACUGGUCGAUAUUCUUGAGACCUUUGUCGACAUCCUGCUUCAGUUGCUGGACCUGUUCUUAGUCUUUGAGGCUUACAGUGGGGCAAAAAGUAUUUAGUCAGCCACCAAUUGUGCAAGUUCUCCAACUUAAAAAGAUGAGAGGUCUGUAAUUUUCAUCAUAGGUAUACCUCAAGUAUGAGAGACAGAUAAGAAGAAAAAAAUAAUAAUCAGAAAAUCAAAGUUCAUCUCUUUACCGUUAUAUACCCUUUGUUGGCAAUGACAGAUGUCAAACGUUGUCUGUAAGUCUCCACAAGCUUUUCACACACUGUUGCUGGUAUUUUGACCCAUUCCUCCUUGCAGAUCUCCUCUAGAGCAGUGAUGUUUUGGGGCUGUCGCUGGGCAACACAGACUUUCGUCUUCCUCCACAGAUGUUCUAUGGGGUUGAGAUCUGGAGACUGGCUAGGUCACUCCAGGAUCUUGAAAUGCUUCUUACGAAGCCACUCCUUCGUUGCCCAGGUGUGUUUGGGAUCAUUGUCAUGCUGAAAGACCCAGCCAAGUUUCAUCUUCAAUGCCCUUGCUGAUGGAAGGAGGUUUUCAUUCAAAAUCUCACGAUACAUGGCCCCAUUCAUUCUUUCCUUUACACGGAUCAGUCGUCCUGGUCCCCUUGCAGAAAAAAUAGCCCCAAAGCAUGAUGUUUUCACCCUCACCCUCAUCUUGCGUGGAGCCCCAGAUCUCCCCAGCCCCAGGGAGAUAUCAUUGCUCUUGUAUGUCUUCCAUUUUCUAAUAAUUGCUCCCACAGUUGAUUUCUUCACACCAACCUGCUUACCUAUUGCAGAUUCAGUCUUCCCAGCCUGGUGCAGGUCUACAAUUUAGUUUCUGGUGUCCUUUGACAGCUCUUUGGUCUUGGCCAUAGUGGAGUUUGGAGUGUGACUGUUUGAGGUUGUGGACAGGUGUCUUUUAUACUGAUAACGAGUUCAAACAGGUGCCAUUAAUAAAGGUAACGAGUGGAGGACAGAGGAGCCUCUUAAAGAAGAACUUAAAGGUCUGUGAGAGCCAGAAAUCAUGCUUGUUUGUAGGUGACCAAAUGAGGAAUUUACCAAUAAAUUCAUUAAAAAUUCUACAAAGUGAUUUCCUGGAUUCUUUCCCCCCAUUCUGUCUCUCAUAAUUGAUGUGUACCUAUGAUGAAAAUUACAGAUAUCUCACAUCUUUUUAAGUGGGAGAACUUGCACAAUAGGUGGCUGACUAAAUACUUUUUUGCCCCACUGUACAUCAUAGCAUCAUCAAAAGCUUUUUAUUGGUUUCUCAGACACUGUUGGAACGGGUUCUCCAUUGAUGUAGAUGCUAAAGUGUGAUCUCUUACGUUUGCUUAUUGAGAUGCUUCUUGAGUUUGAUGGAUUGAUACUCAUUCUGGCCUAUGUGAUGUUGUCUUCAAGUUUCCCUCGCAACCGUGUAGGCCAUGAUUGGUGUUAAUCAGAACCCCAGACUUUUGUCGCUUGCCACCUACUUCCCAUUUUGAAGCUCUAAUGAUCACCUCUGUAGCCCCAUUGAACGCCAGUGGGGAGACAAUGCAGCCAACUGUGGGAAGCAGUACAACAGGUCAGUACCACGGUGUCCUCUGGGCUGCUUCCGACAUCUUCAAAGUACCAUAGCCCAUCACAAAUUUGAUAAAAGCCUACUUUGAAGAAGUCGGAAGCAGCCCAGAAGACACUGUGGUACUGACCCGAGUGCAUUAGCGAGAUCUAGGACAAUGACAUCUAGAUCUCUCUUUUCACUUUUGGCUGAUGGAUUUGUUACCGGAUCAUGCUAGUGUGUUCUUAACAUCCAGAGAACAAUGGAAUUCGCGCUUUUUUGACCGUUGUAUCCACAAGCUUGUUUUUCACCAGAUAGCUUUUUUUUGUCAGUCUUUGGGCUAUUACAAUAAAGAAGACCCGGCCUUCUACAUUGAGGAGACUGAUUUGUCCAAAUUGGCUAAUGUUUGAUGAUUCCUCCUCUUUUGGUAUCAGUACUCCUUCAUCUCUGUGCCAAGGUUUGGGUACUUUUUGGCUUCACCCAUGCCAAACAUUAAUUUCUUCAAGAAGCUUAGAACAUUAGGAGCAUUUUUGUAUACCCUGUACGGGACACUGUUAGGGCCUGGGUACGAUGAUGCUCUUGCCCGCAGCACUGUGCUCUCCAAUUCUUUCCAUUUCGGAGGGCCCACAUCUAUUUGGUGUUCUGGUUGCUCAAUUGGUGGGAUAUCAGAUGAAAUAGCUAUCGGAUCAUGUCUGCGUGGGUCAGAGGGUAAUCGGUCCAGGUGCUCCUCUAUGUCCUGCUUUGAGGUCCUCAGGGUUCCUCCCUUCUUUGCAGUGAAGAGGGAAUUCACAAACUAAAUGAUGUUCUACUGCAGUAUGUUAAUUCCCUCCUUCUGCUCCUCUGAUGCUUUCUUCCAAGGCUUUUUAAGCUACUUCUUCUCUUGUACCAGGUGCUCUGUUUCCAGCUGCCUUCUGGACUUGGUUCCCAUUGUUGGUGUUAUCUGUUAUAUCUGUGUCACUCCAACAUGUUCAGUUCUGAAGUUAUUAAUGACAUUACCCAUCCUUUCAAGUUUUGUCUCAACUGUGUCUUUUAUCUUUUCCAGGAUAGUGCUUGGGUCUGCAUUGAUGGCCUCCCAUUUUGCUUUUUCUGAUGCUCCAGGUCAGUUUACCAUUUGUUUUUAAAGGUUUAUUCUACCUUGUUGCUUGAGAUAUCCUCCUGAGAUACAGGGGGACUGCGAACUUGUGGUUGAGUUAGGUCGCUCUCGACUGACUUGAUUGACUUCUUAAAAAGUACUGAUCAAUGCGACAUCCCUGCUCUCUUUCGAUACAGCACUUCUUUCUUUGGUAUAUUUUUAGGCCCUUGGCCAAUAUUAUUUUCCUCCAGCCACAGGAACACAUCCGGAGCUCAUUGUCUGAUUCUGUCAUGUUAGCUUCCUGAAUUGUGCUUGUCUUCUUCUUUGUCGUUUCCGUUCCAGGGUGUUCUGUUAGUUAGUAGUCUUCCGCUCCCACUGUCACUGACUCUGGGGGUAUUAUUCGUUUAGUUGCUUUCGUAGCCAUUAGUGUGUGUCUCCGAAUACCAAGUCAUAUUGGAUCCCGCCAGUAUGGGUAGGUAGCCCAUACCAGCUUUCUUUCCUCGCCGCCACAAGUUCUUUCCCUUGUUGUCAGCUAUUCUGCUCAUGGCGGUCACUGGAUGCAUCCAGCUACAAAACAAGAAGUUCAAACCCUUUCUACUUACACACCUCAACACACCUGGCCAGUCUCUGCGUUAAGUAUGCAAGAAUCUGUUAGACAGCAUAGUUAAUACCCUUUGGCCUGACUGCAAUUUUCGCUGCAGGAUUUCUGAAAAACCACUGUUGAUAAUUGACGAGGGAACACGAUUCUUAAGGGAAUAAACCAUUUUGUUUUAAAGAGUAAUUGAAACCCUUGCUGUAGUUUGAAUGCACCUCUUUCAGAUAUAAUUUUUUUUUUUUUAUCAUUUAUAUCAUGCCAACAUUCAAACUGGGAGAUCUAACUGAUGUGUUGAUGUGAUGGACGUAAAAGGCAACAUUUACUAGAUUUUUAUAUUUUUAUUUUAUCUAUGUUUUUAUAUUCAGCCUGCUGUAACUCCAGCACAUGGUAAAUAUCAGCUCAAGAUACUACACAAAAAAAGCGGGAACAUAUACAUAAUAGACAAACCUCCUCUAGUUCUAAUUUGACUGGUGAGAGAUAAGAGCAAUCUGUGGGUGUGUGCACGCGCGUGCAUGCGUGUGUUUUGCUCCAAGCAGCCCAUUUUUAAGGGGUGUAUAGACACCAAAUCAAGCCACUGUGUCAGCGAAACUCCUUAGACACUGUUUUUGUUUUCUCAGCAAAUUGUUUGUCUAUUUUACUCCUGUGACUGUUUUUUUUUGUACCAGAAGCAUUUUAUAUAAUAAAGGUUCUAUUUUAAGGAA